AUGGAUGUCCCAGAAGCACCCGUCUUCCCCGUCCUCAAGGACAAAGUGGCUAUUAUCACAGGUGGUGCCCAGGGCAUGGGCAAGGCAACCGCCUCCACGUCCCUUCGAGCCGGAGCCAAGGUAGUCAUUGCCGAUAUCAAAGCAGAGCAGGGACAGAAGGUCGCCGAGGAACUGUCAGCAUUGGGAGAGAUUCGCUUCGUGGAAACCGACAUCUCCAAAUCAGAAGAUGUGCAAAAUCUCAUUGCGCAGACAGUCAGCGCAUUCGGACGACUCGAUGUAGCUAUCAACAACGCAGGCGCGCCGCCCGACCAAAAUCUUCUUGCUGAAUUCGAUGAAUCCUAUUGGCGCAAAGUGAUUGAUAUCAAUGUUAAUGGUACGGCCUUGUGCUGCAAGUACCAAAUGCAACAAAUCAAGAAGCAGGGAUCCAAGGGAUCUAUUGUCAACAUUGCGUCUACCAGCGCUUACAUUGCGGCGCCGAAUAUCCCUGCAUAUACGACGAGUAAGCAUGCACUGUUGGGCUUGACCAAACAUGCAGCAUCGGAGGGUGGUCCGUUGGGCAUUCGCGUAAAUGCUAUUUGUCCAGGACCGAUCUAUACUGAUAUGAUAGCUGCGUGGCUCGAGACCAGGAGUCAAGGCGCCGAAGAAUUUGCGCGCGGGGGCCCUAGCUUGAAUCGUAUGGGACACCCCCAUGAGGUUGCGCAGGGAUCGCUGUGGCUUGCAUCGGACCAAUCCUCUUUUGUGAAUGGGACCUCUCUACUCAUUGACGGAGGGUAUCUGGCGAAUUCAAGAUAUCAGUAG